ACUAUACUGCCUCAAAAGUUGCUAUAGUCAUAUAAGCUGGCAAAAAUAACGUCAAAAAAGGGAUGAAUUCGUCAGUAUAGUUGUUAGGAUAGUUGCCAGCCAUUUUGAGGUUAUUCAGAUUAUUCUGGUUGGCUACGAACUACGGAGCUUAUCCCCCUUCCAUCAUCACCAUCAUCCGCCAUGGCCACAUCUCUCAAGCCUACCGAAACCAUGGAUUUCUACGACAUUGCUAUGAGCCCACCAGCAUCAGUGAACCCCUGGAAGGCUCGAUUGGCGCUGAACUUCAAAGAUAUUCCGCAUAAGACUACAUGGGUUCCCCUUCCUGACAUUGGGGAAGUUCGUCAGGGUCUUGGCGUGCCCACUUGUCGCAAGCUUGCCGAUGGCAAUGACUUCUUUACACUUCCUAUCUUGGUUGAUCCUAAUACCAACUCGAAAAUCGGGGACUCGUUCGAUAUUGCCGUCUAUCUGCAAAAGACAUACCCGGAGUCAGGUGCCGGCGAUUUAUUCCCCCCUCAGGAGAUCGAUUACACCUUCGAUCAAGACCUUCCCCCUUGGGCACCACCACUAUCAGCACGGAAGGAGGGUGAGUAUGACGAGUACUCCAAGUUUAAUAUGCAUGUCGACAGAGCAUUUAGUGCCUACGUUGGCCUCAUGGGGUUCUUCCUCCCCUUCGACUCGCAAGCGAGCAAGGAUGAACUCGUUCGCCGUGCUGGUGUAAAAUCUUGGGAUGAUUUCGAGAUAAAGGGCGAAGCACGGGAGAAAAUGAAAGAAUCUUUCCGUCUUAUGCUUGGGGACCUUGCGAAGUUAUUUUCAAGGAACACCACGGGGCCUUUUAUUCUAGGUAAACAGGCCAACUAUGCCGACCUAAUCGUCGGAGGGUGGGUAUACAUGAUGCACGGGACUCUCCCAGAAAAUGAGUGGCAGGAGGUCAGGAGUUGGCACGGAGGUAUCUUCGGACAUUUAUAUGAUGGGUUACAAAAGUAUGCAGAAGUGAUGUAGGUUCUACUCUUAUACGGCAGAGCCCGACACCGCUAUAUAUUACCAGUAGAAGUUUACCAAGGGAAUCUUAGUCGCCAUGUUAAAAAUUACCGCUAGGUAAUAUUUACCUUGAGGAGAUCGGAUUAUGGUAGAUAAUGGAGUUGCAUUAAGGUUAACAACUUAUCCUCAAAGAGAAAUAAAGGGACAAUGAAUUAAUAAAAUCAAAUCAAUUCGUAUGGCCUGGAGCACUUCCAGCCUAAUGCAAACGUGUCCCUGCC